AUGUUUUUCUCUUUUUUUGCGGUCCUUCUCAAUUUUUUCCAUUCUUCCUUUUACUUUUUUCUCUCUUUUCUUUUCUGUUUUCUUUCCAUUCCUCUUUUUAUCUUUUCUUUCUUUCCAUUCUUUCUUUCUUCUUUGGUAUUUAAAUUUAAAAAAAAUAAUGUUCUUCUUCUUCAUUUAUUUUCUCCUCCUUUAUUGUUCCUUUACAACUCUUUCUUUUCUCUCUUUACUUUUUCCUUUGUAGUUUUUAUCUUUUACUUUCUAUUGGAUGAUGUUCCUGAACUUCCUAUAUCAGAGUCGGCAGCAGCUGAACUGGAAGUACUUCAUGUUCAUAAGGUUUACAAUGAAAUAGCUGACCACUUUAGUAGUACCAGGCAUUCUCCGUGGCCAAAAGUCACUGAAUUUCUUUGUUCCCUCCCAAAAAGUUCUCUUGUUGCAGAUAUUGGAUGUGGCAAUGGUAAAUAUUUUGGCCUGAAUCCUUCCAUUUUCCAGAUUGGCUCUGACCGGAGUGAAAAUUUAGUCCAGAUUUGCAGGGAGAGGAACUUCCAGGCUUUUGUUGGUGAUAUUCUGGCCAUUCCUCUUCGGCCCAACACCUUUGAUGCUUCUAUUUGUAUUGCGGUCAUUCAUCAUCUCUCCACAAAGAAACGUCGACUGAAUGCUGUUCAAGAACUCUUGAGAAUAGUGCGUCCAGGUGGGAAAGUUUUGAUCCAGAAUCUAUCUCAGCCUCUAUCUAUCUAUCUAUCUAUCUAUCUAUCUAUCUAUCUAUCUAUCUAUCUAUCUAAAUCUGUAUCUAUCUACCUAUCUAAGUCUGUAUCUAUCUAUCUGCUAAUAGAUGAUAGUUUAUUAACAAUUAUCUAA